AUGCUAAACGAAGAAAGCGUAGAAGUCGAACUGGUAAAAUUAGAAAACGAAAUAAGUAAAGACAAAAAUGAAACCAUAUAUUACGAAAAAGACGAAAAUGAAAACAGCUAUUUCAAUUUUGCCGUUAACAACUUUAACUACUUUGAAUGCUUCUACAAUGAGAUGUAUAACUGUGACUUUGAUGAGAAGGAGUUUAAGGCUGACCAUUCUUUCCUAAAUGAAGAGGAUCAUAAAGGGGGAAAUUACAAUUCCCUUGAAAUUUUCGAGGCAAAGGAUUCUUCCGAUGAAGGCACAAACAAAGAGAAUGGCAAAGCGAGAGGUGUGGUUAGAAGAGGAUACGUCGCCAUGAAUACUGGGGAGGAUGAUUCUGUUGAUGGGACAAUCGACGGGGAAUCAACAAAAGGCUCGUCUUCCAAUCGAAUCGGAAAAAAUCAACAACUUAAAAGAGAAAGGUUUACUCAUUCCUUUAAUGAAGAUUCCUCCUUCGAAGUGAACGACGUACAUGCAGCCAUUUUAAAUGCAGAGGAAAAAACUACCAACUAUAGUGAAGACUAUUUCGGGUUCAAUAUUGAGCCGUUUAAUAUGAAGAAUGAGCUCAAGGAGGGAUACAUAGACAAGCAUGGCAACUACGUUUAUAACGAUCCCGACGGUGAUGAUUUCGAGGAGGCCUGGUUAAAGUCAGUUGAUGAGGAAGAUCCAUUUACCUUAUUUUCCAAUAAAAAAAUGAAAGCAAAAAUACACAACGAAACGGUAUCUAAAUUUGAUCAGCUACAAAAUCAAAGUCUCAAUAAUAAUGGCCUCUCUGUCAAUAUUUACGAUGCUUUGUAUUCUCUAUCUUGUCUCCUCAUUGAAAAGGAAACACCCAUUAAGGCCAUGGUCAGAUACAAGAGAGAUUUGAAGCUCUGUAGAAAUUACCUUAAUGAGUGCAAACUUAAGUUAGACAAAUUCAGCUUCGUUUCGUCCCCUCGGACGAGCAAUGAAUCUUCGAAAAAUCCGAAUGUGUCUACGUCCUGCCAAGGGGCAGAUGCGGUCCGUUCCGGAACGAACGAAAGGAAAAGGGACGAGGACGGCGGGGCUGCCCCGCGGGGAUCAGUGAAGAAGAACGUCUUGCAGGUGAACUUGAAGAGACGGGGAGGGGAAGCGGUGCAGAAGGAGGCGGUGCAGGACGAAGCGGUGGAGGAGGAAGCCGUGCAGAAGGAAGCCGUGGAGGAGGAAGCCGUGGAGAAGGAAGCCGUGGAGAAGGAAGCCGUGGAGAAGGAAGCUGUGGAGAAGGAAGCCCUGGAGAAGGAAGCCCUGGAGAAGGAAGCCCUGGAGAAGGAAGCCCUGGAGAAGGAAGCCCUGGAGAAGGAAACCCUGGAGAAGGAAACCCUGGUGAACGCAGCGGUAGACAGCGAAGUCAUUCCAAAUGGAGACGCCCAAAAUGAGGAGGGUCAGCAUGAGGGCGAAAAGAGCGAAGAGACUCCCCAUGAGGAACAUCCCGCCGAGCAAGAAGGUCAUCCCAGCCAGGAAGAACCCCCGUCGGAGGGGGCGCAGGGAGUGGAGGAAGAGGAAAAAGCGGCUAAACGGGAGGGAGAAGGGACUCAUGAGGAGAAAAGCGAAGCUGAAGUGAAUGACACUCCAGCGGAGGGCGAAAAGCCAAACGAGCUGCAGAGGCUGGAGGAAAGAUACCAGAAGAUAGCCCUGGACUACAAAACAAUCGAAAGGAGGUUUAACAACUUGAUAGAUUUGACGCAGAAAUUGACAAACGAAUAUAAAAACGUGUACUUCUUGGCGAAGCACGAAUGUGAAGCCCUGUGCAAAAAGCUAGAGGAGUCCAAGGAGGAGAGUGUAGACAUACAGUGGCAGCUGAGGUGGACUAGUGACGCUAACAAAAAUGUCUAUGGCCCCUACAGCUACUAUGAUAUAUAUAAUUUAAUAUCCGUCGGAAUUGUCUCAGCGGAAAAUCCAAUCCAGCUAAGAAGGAUAAACAAGGAAAAUAAAGUUUUAGAGAAUAUAUGGCAGAUGUACGACGCCGUCAACUACCUUACCUUUGUUAGCAACGAGAGUGUUAAGAAAAAGAGGAAGUUGAGUGAAACCAACCAGGUGGACGCGGAAGAAGAUGGGAACGACGAGGGGGACAAUUCUGUGGAUGACGAGUAUGACAUUAAGAAGAAGAAGCGAAAGAAGAAAGGCCUCAUCCAGAUAUCGAAAAAGAAGGAAGCGUCCUCUACCAAUGAGGACGACUCGGACAACGAGGAGGAGGACGACUAUGAAAAUUAUGACUACUGA